CCUCAGCCCGGAGGCUCGAGCUCGGGUACUGGUGGGCGGGGCGGGGCGUGAGGGGACUGAAUGGACGCCGCGACCCUGCGUCCUGAGGUGGGAGCCCGGAGGCGGGGACCACCAGGAUCCGAAGUCCGGAAGGUUUGGAUUGGAGCUGGCAAGGGUGUGCUGAGAGGGCAGGCACGUGGGAUCCCGGAGCAAGCGGGCAAGAGGGAGCGGCUGGUGGGUUCUGUCCCGUGGCCCAGGGUCUGCGAGGAGCCCUGGCACCGAACUACGGCUUCGCGCGCUUUCUGGAUCCCGUAGAUAAUAGGACUGGGAACGUAAACAGGAAUAGACUGUUCCUGAUGGCCCUUAGGAUGCACUGACAUGUUUGUGAUGGCAUCUGAGACUGAGAAGACCCAUGCUUUACUCCAGUCCUGUAGCACUGAGUCUCUUACCGCCAGCCUUGGUCUGGGGAUAUUUUGCCUAGUAGCUGACAGACUUCUUCAGUUUACCAUAAUUCAGCAAAACGACUGGCUUCGUGCUCUCUCCGAUAAUGCGGUACAUGGUGUGAUUGGCAUGUGGUCUUGGGCAAUAGUCACUGGAAUCAAGAAGAAGACUGACUUUGGAGAAAUCAUUUUAGCUGGCUUUUUAGCCUCUGUUAUUGAUAUGGACCACUUCAUUCUAGCUGGAUCCUUGUCUUUAAAGGCUGCUUUGACUCUUCCACGAAGACCUUUCCUUCACUGCUCCACGGUGAUACCCAUCGUGGCCCUGACCCUGAAGUUCGUGAUGCACCUUUUCAAGCUCAAAGACUCAUGGUGCUUUCUUCCCUGGAUGAUAUUUAUAUCCUGGACCUCACACCAUAUCCGAGAUGGAAUUCGUCAUGGCCUGUGGUUGUGCCCAUUUGGAAAAACUUCUCCUUUGCCAUUCUGGCUUUAUGUAAUGAUCACAUCAUCUUUACCUCACGUCUGUUCAUUUGUUAUGUAUUUAACAGGGACCAGACAAGUGAUGUCUUCAAAACAUGGAAUUCAUAUUGAUGUCUGAAGUGACCAUGUGGCAGUCAGAGAAGCAAAUGGGUCAGAUGAUGAUAAUCAAGAAUAGCCAACAUUAAAGUGGAAUUUUAAAAAACACACUUAGGGGGACCAGCAGGUGGCAUGGUAGUUAAGAUGCUAGACACUCC